AGUACCUAUACUGACGGACAAUUAAUUGAGCGACACACAGAAGGGCCAAUCAAUUUUCUUCAGACGGGAAACCAGUCUUCCCUGUCAAUACAUCCAUUUCGCAUUAAUUAUUAUUAUUAUUAUUAUUUUAUUACUAUAUAUUUUUUCAUCUUCUAUUUCAAUCCUUCUCAGAUUUAUCAGAAAUAUUUUGUCAAUCUGUAGUAGUUGCAUAAACACUCUCUGCCUCUACAAAACCAAAAGAAGAAACGAAAAAAGAAAAAUUAGCCGAGGCCAUGGCAAUUGCAGCGGCAGCUGUCAUCGUCCCCUUAGGCCUUCUCUUCUUCAUUUCAGGCCUUGUUGUUAAUCUUAUUCAGGCAGCUUGCUUUAUUACGAUUAAGCCUCUAUCAAAGAGCUUGUACAGGAGAAUCAAUAGAGAGGUGGCGGAAUUGUUGUGGUUGGAACUCAUAUGGCUCUUUGAUUGGUGGGCAGGGAUUAAGGUCAAAAUUUACACAGAUCGAGAAACACUAAAAAAAAUGGGUAAAGAACAUGCGCUUGUCAUUUCCAAUCACAGAAGUGACAUUGAUUGGCUUGUUGGAUGGGUUUUGGCUCAGCGGUCAGGUUGCCUUGGCAGUGCGGUGGCUGUAAUGAAGAAGUCUUCAAAAUUUCUUCCAGUCAUUGGUUGGUCAAUGUGGUUUUCUGAGUACCUCUUCCUGGAAAGAAGCUGGGCCAAGGAUGAAGGCACGAUAAAGUCAGGUCUCCUACGACUAAAAGACUUCCCUCUACCCUUUUGGUUGGCUCUUUUCGUAGAAGGAACUCGCUUUACCCAGGCAAAGCUUUUCGCUGCUCAGGAAUAUGCGGUGUCAAAUGGAUUGCCCAUUCCUAGAAAUGUUCUGAUUCCUCGUACUAAGGGAUUUGUUGCAGCAGUCAGCCAUAUGCGAUCAUUCGUCCCAGCCAUAUAUGAUGUAACUGUAGCUAUUCCUAAAAGUUCACCGGCACCCACAAUGGUCAGAAUGUUCAAGGGACAACCUUCUGUGGUCCAUGUGCACAUCAAGCGACAUCUGAUGAAGGAAUUGCCUGAAUCAGAUGAUGCUGUUGCCCAAUGGUGUAAAGAUGUAUUUGUGGCCAAGGACUCUCUUUUAGACAAACAUAAUGCAGAAGACACUUUCAGUGGCCAAGAGCUGCAGGAAAUUCCCCGCCCAGUAAAACCGCUAUUGGUUGCUAUCUCUUGGGUAUGUUUGGUUAUUUUUGGGGUGCUGAAAUUUCUCCAGUGGUCUUCACUUUUAUCGUCGUGGAGGGGUAUUGCAGUGUCAGCAUUCUGUUUGGCCGUUGUCACUGUUCUUAUGCACAUCUUGAUUCUCUUCUCUCAGUCAGAGCGUUCUACACCUACGAAGGUUGCCCCAGCCAAGCCCAAGAAGGUCAGCGAGGCUGCAGAGUCAAGACAAGACAAGCAACAGUAAAUCAGGGCUUGCCUGCAGUUGAUUCAUCAGUAAGUUUCUGUUUCUAACUCAGCUCUAACUAUGAUUUUGAUUACUGUAAUGGCUGAGUUUGUAUGCAAACAAUUCAUUGGUUACUGGUUACUAUGGUAAUUUUGUAGACUGUAUCUAGACUGGUUGUUGUAGCAGGGCUCAAAAUUACUGUCCAUUAUUUUUUUUUGAAGAAAUCAAAUUCUAAAUGCAUUUUUUCUUGUGGCA